AUGAAGCAAGCGGCAAUCCACGCCAAAGCCGAAUACUUCAAUUCGAGGGCCGAGCCCACGGCUCGGCAGAGCGAACCCAUACAGCGAUCCGCAACGGCACAGGCUUCGCCGUUCGCGCCAACAAGACAAUCUGCCGGCUAUCCUGAGAACCACAAGCGCAAAGACGCCGGAAGCUCCCAAAAGGGCAUUCUAAGAAAAACAAGAGCAGCGGUGCUGUUGAACGAAAACGAGAUCAUCCCGAAGCCAACUUUUCGGAAGCCUAAUCGGCAAGACGGCCGGGACACGGGAAAAUUCUACCGAUACCACCAGCAGAACAGCCACAAUACCGAGGACUGCAUAAGCUUACGAAAAAUUGUCGAACGGCUCAUUCGGGAAGGCAAAUUGGAUCAGUACAUAGCCAGGCCACAACAGGCGCCAGUACCGAACGCCAAUCGGCAAAUCAAUAUGAUCAGCAUGAUCAGCGGAGGGCCAACCCUCGCCGGAGGGUCUAACCGGUCAAGAAAGCAGUAUGUCAGAGUGGCACAAUACCCUCAGGUCCUCGGCAUUGAAGGCAGCCGGCACGCUAAGAUGCUGAAGGUCCGGUGGGAACCCAUCACCUUCUCCGAAGAAGAAGAAGAGGGGAUCAUCUACCCACAUGACGACCCCAUGAUCAUCCGAGCCGAGAUUGCCGCGUUCGAUGUUGGCCGAAUCCUGAUCGACACUGGAAGUUCGGUAAACGUCAUCUUCGCCGAUGCGUUUAAGGAACUCGGAAUAGAUGACAGCCAGGUCAACCGGCAACUCUCGCCCCUCCUCAGCUUUUCAGGAGACUUGGUCCAGCCAAUCGGCAGUGUCAGCUUGCCGAUCACCUUCGGCAUAGCCCCACGAAGGACCAUGGUCUACGACCAAUUCCUUGUAGUGGACUGUCCGACGGCCUACAACGUCAUUGUCGGCCGAACGGCGCUCACGACAAUAAAUGCCCACUUGUCCCCCCACAUGCUACGCAUGAAGUUCCCAACCUGCUACGGCAUGGGGGCAAUCAGGGGUGACCAGUUGAGCGCUCGGAACUGCUAUGCCACGGCAUUAAAAUCAACGGCGCCUCAAAAGCAAAAAGAGACCUUCACGGUCGUGGACUUGCCGAACAGCAACGACCCAGUGGAUGAUCCAAGGGAAGAGACGCCUACUCCGGUGGCACAACCUGCCGAGGAUCUCGAAACCGUGGCACUAUACGAAGGUCAGCCGGACCGGUGCGUAUGGAUCGGUACCUUGUUAAACGCUACCCUCAGAGCCGAAUUCAUCCAGUUCCUUCGGCAGAAUUCGGAAGUCUUUGCCUGGUCCUACAAUGACAUGCCGGGCAUAUCCCCUGAUGUCAUCAACCACAAGCUGAGCAUCUCACCGGUGUUCAAGCAUGUCAGGAAAAAGCGCCGAUCCUACGAUGCCGAACGGUAUGAAGCUAUGAAGAACGAAGUAGACAAACUCAUGACCAUAGGCUUCAUCCGGGAGGCUAUAUACCCGGACUGGCUGGCAAACUUUGUCAUGGUUCGGAAGCCAAAAGGCGGAUGGCGAAUGUGCCAAGACUAUACCGAUCUGAACAAAGCCUGUCCGAAGGACAGCUUCUCGUUGCCACGCAUCGAUCAGUUGGUUGACGCCACUGCCGGUCACGAACUGCUCAGCUUCAUGGAUGCAUACUCUGGAUACAACCAGAUCUUCAUGCACCCUGCUGACAGCGGGCAUACGGCAUUCAUAACGGAUAAGGGGCUAUACUGUUAUAACGUCAUGCUGUUCGGCCUGAAGAAUGCUGGGGCAACCUACCAGAGGCUGGUCAACCGAAUCUUUGCUGAGCAGAUCGGCAGCACGAUGGAGGUGUAUGUAGACGACAUGCUGGUAAAGAGCCGAACGGCAGGGGAACAUCUGGAGAAUCUAUCCCUCAUGUUCGGCAUCUUGAAGGCCUACCGAAUGAGACUCAACCCAACAAAGUGCGUCUUCGGUGUCUCUUCUGGGAGAUUCCUCGAUUUUAUGAUCAGCCAGAGAGGUAUCGAAGCAAACCCCGACAAAAUCAAAGCCAUAAUCAACAUGGAGGUGCUGAAGACACAAAAGGACAUCCAGAGCCUCACCGGACGAGUGGCAACCCUCACUCGCUUCAUCUCCAAAGCCACGGACAAGUGUGCACCGUUCUUCAAAGCCUUGAAAGAGGGCAAACACCAUAUAGAGUGGACUGCCGAAUGCGAUAAGAAGUUUCAAGACUUGAAGGACUAUAUGGGCAGAGCGCCGCUACUGUCUAAACCCCUUCCUGGGGAAACUCUCUCUCUAUACCUAUCGGUAUCCACCACCACCGUCAGCUCAGUACUGAUACGAACACCGGAGAAGGCGGCAGAAUCUCGGUACCCCCCACUCGAGCAGCUGGCUUUAGCUCUGGUCGUUUCUGCCCGAAGGUUGCGGCCCUAUUUUCAGGCCCAUACCAUCACCGUCCUAACCAACCACCCCCUUCGACAUGUAUUUCAAAAGCCUGAAACGUCUGGUAGGCUGGUAAAAUGGGCGAUUGAGCUGGGAGAGUUCGAUGUACAGUUCAAACCCAGACCUGCCGAGAAAGGACAGGCCGUAGUAGACUUCAUCUCCGAACUAACACCUUCGGAAGCAUCGAAACCUGGGAACACCCCUCCACUGAUAAGCCUGCCGAACGGUAGCCAUUUCGACCAGUCAAUUCCUGUCUGGGUCCUGCACGUAGACUGCUCGGCAAACCAACAAGGGUGCGGAGCUGGCUUGGUACUCACCGCUCCCGAUGGAACCGAGAUGGAAUAUGCCAUCCGAUUUAGCUUCCGAACGUCCAAUAACGAAGCAGAUUUAUACCCAAAAUGA